UUAUUGAAAGAAGCGGCAGUAAAAUCUGUCGCUCUCUGACGUCCUGGUCGAUGAUUGAUAGCUGUUGACGUCAGCGUACACGUGGUGCAAACAGUGGCGUGGAGGCUUCACGUGAAUCACACACAGUAUUAAUAUGGAUCGCUGGCAGGGUCGCGUUGCCUUGGUAACAGGUGCGUCUAUGGGAGUAGGGGAAGCAACUGUGAAGUUACUUGCCUCUUAUGGGAUGAAAGUUGUGGCCUGUGCAAGAAGCGAAGACAAACUCAAGAAACUUUCUGAUGACGUUUCAUCCUCUGGGCGGGGCGAGGUUCUGCCAAUCAAAGUAGACCUGCGGAAACAGACUGAGAUAUUGGCUAUGUUUGAAAAGAUCAAAGGUCAGUGGGGCGGCGUUGACGUGUGUAUAAACAACGCUGGCCUCGCUCUGGAUGCACCAAUCAUCGACGGCGACAGUGAGCAAUGGAACAAUAUGUGGGAGGUGAAUGUCAUGGCCCUGUGUCUGUGUACGCGAGAGUCCGUCAAGUCCAUGAGGGAGCGGGACGUGGACGAUGGUCAUAUCGUCAACAUCAACAGCCUCUCUGGUCACCGGGUUGGGAAGAGUCACUUCUACUCUGCUACGAAGUACGCAGUGACGUCACUGACGGAGGGAAUACGGUGGGAACUGAGGGGUAUUAACUCCCAUAUCAGAGUCACGAGUAUAAGCCCCGGUCUGAUAAAAACAAACUUCGCCGAGACGAUGCUUGGAGAUGCAAAGGCUGCUGAAGAGGUGUAUGCCUCCAGACAGGCUCUUACAGCUGAAGAAAUGGCCAAGACCAUCGAGUUUGUCCUGGCUGCUCCACCCUCUGUUCAGGUGAGUGAGCUGAUGGUCAGACCAACUGAACAAGUUGUGUGACACCCACUGGACACAUUCCAGCAAGAAGAUCACCAGUAUGGCUACUGAUGGUGCUACUGAUGGUGCUUCAGUGUUGUCUCAGGAGGAUGUGCAAGAAGGAUCAUUGUGCAGUAAAACUCUAGUACUUAAUUGUAGGAUUUAUUCAUCAGGGGAAUAAAAACCAGCUUGGCUACAGCUGUAGCAAAGCCUCUUGUACCAUA